GACUCCGUGUCCGCGUGACGCCAUCAUCUCCCCGGCAAGAACAGGAGGCGUGGCCGCGCGGCUUCGGAACGUCACUGCCGUAAAUGUCGAAAACCCGGCUAUCCUGCCAAAAGGACGUACGAGCUAUAUUACGAGUAAAUAUUUACCGUCAUUAGUAGCAGUAGGCUCGGAACAGAACGCGUAGACAUUUCUACACGGUAAGAAGAUGAUGAAAAACGGACACCAUCAGGCGGUAACAGCGGGCGACGAGGCGGAGAGCAAACCGGCGGCAGUCGCCUGCAGUCCCGAGAAGAGGAGACGCGUCGUGAGAGUGUGGUGUGACGGAUGCUAUGACAUGGUCCAUUAUGGACAUUCAAACCAACUACGACAAGCCAAGUCUAUGGGGGAUUAUCUCAUAGUGGGAGUGCAUACUGAUGAAGAGAUUUCGAAGCACAAGGGCCCACCUGUCUUCACACAGGCCGAGAGGUACAAGAUGGUGCGCGCCAUCAAAUGGGUGGAUGACAUAGUGGAGAGUGCACCGUAUGUUACCACUCUGGAGACUCUGGACAAGUACAACUGUGACUUCUGUGUACAUGGAGAUGACAUCACUCUGACAGUAGACGGAAAGGACACAUAUGAAGAGGUGAAAAAGUCAGGCAGAUACAGGCAAUGUAAGAGGACACAGGGUGUGUCCACCACAGACCUGGUUGGCCGCAUGCUCCUGAUGACUAAAGCUCAUCACAGCAACAUAGGAAGUUCAGAUUAUCAGCAACACACAGACAACUUUGGAAGGGGUCCAAAGGGUCACAGUCCCUGGACAGGCGUGUCUCAGUUUCUGCAGACGUCCCAAAAAAUCAUCCAGUUUGCCUCGGGGAAGGAGCCGCAGCCGGGGGACACCAUUAUAUAUGUGGCUGGCGCCUUUGACCUUUUCCAUAUUGGCCAUGUGGAUUUUUUGGAGGCAGUUUACAAGCUUUCGGACAAGCCAUACGUUAUUGUCGGAUUACAUUUUGAUCAGGAGGUGAAUCGCUACAAAGGAAAGAAUUAUCCCAUCAUGAACAUCCAUGAGCGAACACUGAGUGUUCUGGCCUGUCGGUAUGUCUCAGAGGUGGUCAUUGGAGCUCCAUACACAGUUACAAAGGAUUUGCUAGACCAUUUUAAGGUGGAUCUUGUUUGUCAUGGAAAGACUGAAGUGUUUCCAGACCGAGAUGGCUCAGACCCCUAUGCUGUACCUAUGAGGAAAGGUAUACUGCGGAUUGUGGAUAGUAGAAACACUCUCACCACCGAUGACAUUGUGCAGAGGAUAAUAAAAAACAGGCUGCUGUUCGAGGCCAGAAACCAGAAGAAGGAGGCGAAGGAGAUGGCAAUGAUCCAAGCCAUGAAGCGGCGGGAGGAGGAAAAGGCUAAAGAGAGAUCUCAGGCUGUGCUAUAGAGAAGCUGGUAUUCAUGUGUAAACUCUGACUCCAAAACCUCACCAUGCCCUUUCUGCAGAUGUGUCCUCAUACAAGUUAAUUACACAAUCAUUUUAACAUUGCCUUUGUAAAUCUGUCUGCUCCCUGUAACCAUUCCUCUGUGUUAAAACCGUAAAAAAGGUCUAAAAAUACUUUAUAUGAACACUACAUGAAGCCUUGUCAGAAGGGAUUUUUAUUGUUUUAAUGUUUGGGAGAUUUUUUAUUAAUGGUGGCAUUCCUGCAUGAACUGUACAUGAGUUUUAGCAUGUGAGACAAUAUGAAUCAAGCUGAAUUCAUGUUAAUAAGAACGUCUUCUCAGUGGUACUUGUGUCUGUUAAGGUGUUGGAGCGAGAAGGUGUGUGUGUGUGUGUGUGUGUGUGUGAGAGAGAGAGAGAGAGAUCAGAAUGUUUGUGAUCCUCAAAGGCACUCCGGAUUUAGUGUUACACCUUUCACUCUAAAUCUGUCAUCACACCACUUACAUUAUAUUGUAAAUAUGUAUUUUAUGUAACAUGUACCUAAUAUAAUAGAGCUCUUUAUUUGUCUAAGUAAUUAUUUAAAUAAUAAUUACUCUGCAUGGAUAACUGUAAGAUUAUUCAAAUGAUCGUUCGAAUGGUUAUUUAAUUCCAUCUCGUUUAUAAUGGCACAUAAACCUGAAGACUGUACAUCAUGUCUGAGAAUGGCUUUGUUGUCUUUUACCAAUUGUCUUUUUUAAAUACUUCACUUUUUUCUUUUCCCCCCCCACACAUAGAUCUAAUCUAAGACAAAAAAGGCAUCAAAAUUGUCCCAGAGUGUUAUUUUUAAAUACAUUUAUAAUUAAUUAUUUACAUAGUAAAGUGUGUCACUGCUGUGGAUGAUAUAUAGCUAUAAUAUUCUGCUAACUUGGGCCAUUUCCAAAGCUAAUUUCAGGAGUUGAUGGAUUUUUCUCCUAUAAUAAAUGAUUAAUGUAUA